AUGGCUCUCCUGAUCGUCGGUCUCACUGGGUUGGGCAUCCUGCAUGGCUGGACGGAGGGAGUUGGAUACCACAUGAGAGCAUAUUAUACUCCGCUGUGGCUAUGUGCGGUUCUUAUGUGCCUCCUGCUUCUGCUAAUCAUUUCCCUAUUUCUGGUGUUCGUCUGCCUCCACUUUAAUCAUCCGGGUAUUAUCAAGCAGCACAUCAUGCUGUUGGCCGUCUCCUGGUCAGUGGCUGUGCUUCUGAUCGCCUCCGCCUUCGUGACAGGUUCCCCGAUUCUCGUUGGUCUGCUUCUCAUACUCUACUUCACGGCUCUUCUCCCGUUCGCCUAUCUCUACAAUAACGCAACUUGGACUGCUACCAUUGAUCCUCCGGUGUAA